CAGACACUUAAACAAACAAGAGAGAGAAGGAAGCGUCAUCUGUGGCAGGGUAGUCAGGCAGUUGAAAGGGCGUUACUUGACAAAAGAGGAACAGCAGCAUCAGCAAAAAGACAUGUUGGCUAUGAGUAAAUGGUUCACGCUGACACCUUUUAUCUCAAACAGGUAUGGUAAGAGAGUUGGGUUUUUUGCCAGAGCUGAUUCUGUUGAAGCCCAUGCCAAUGGAGGAGACAAUAGCAUCAAAAGCAACGACAAGAAGAAGAAAGUUGUUGUAGUUGGCUCGGGUUGGGCUGGUCUCGGUGCUGCUAACCAUCUCUGCAAUCAGGGAUUUGAUGUCACUGUUCUUGAUGGUGGUGAUGGUCUUGGCAAUCCAGAUAAUGUCGGUAUCCAAGGGUUUUGGUAUCCUUAUCAAAAUAUAUUUAGCCUGGUCGAUGAGUUGGGUAUCAAGCCCUUCACAAGCUGGACAAGAUCUGCACAGUAUUCAGGAGAAGGGUUGGAGGUUGAAUUUCCAGUAUACCAGGAACUCUCUCAAUUGCCAACUCCAUUGGGAACCUUAUACCACACUCAAUUUGCCCGGCUCCCUUUGGUGGAUAGAUUAACAUCACUUCCUCUGAUGGCUGCAGUAAUUGACUUUGACAACACCGAUGUUGCCUGGAAAAAAUAUGAUUCAAUUACUGCAAGGGAGCUUUUUAAACAAUUUGGAUGCUCAGAGAGGCUCUAUCAGGAUGUUUUUGGUCCAUUACUUCAAGUGGGUUUGUUUGCUCCAGCAGAGCUAUGUAGUGCUGCAGCUACUCUAGGGGUGCUAUAUUAUUUAAUUCUUGCCCACCAGAAACAUUUCGAUGUAGUAUUUUGUCGUGGGACCACUAGGGAGAAGAUUUUUGAGCCAUGGGUGGAGUCUCUGAAGGCUAAAGGUUGUGAGAUGCUGGAGGAUAAAAAGUUGACUGAUAUCUUCUUCAAUGAGGAAACAGGUUGCAUAACUGAAGUAGUUUGUGGUAAGGAGACCUACAGUGCUGAUGCAGUUAUCUUGGCUGUUGGGAUUGCCACACUUCAAGAAAUUAUCAAGAAAAGUGCAGCAUUGUAUACACGGGAAGAGUUUCUGAAAGUUUUGAACCUGGCUGGCAUAGAUGUGGUUACUGUCAAGCUGCAGCUGGAUAAGAAGGUUGCCAUCCCAAAUCCUAGCAAUGCUUGUGCUGGAUUUGAUGAUUUAUUCGGGUGGACCUUCUUUGACUUGAACGUAAUUCAUGAUGAGCAUAAAGAUGAUCCAGUAACUGUAAUACAAGCUGAUUUUUAUCAUGCGAAUGAGUUGUUGCCUCUGAAGGAUGAGCUUGUAGUUGAAAAAGUUAUGUCAUAUCUUUCCAAGUGCAUAAAGGACCUUGAGAGUGCUGCUGUGGUGGACAAAGAAAUUCGAAGGUUUCCAAAGGGAUUGACUCACUUCUUUCCAGGUUCGUAUAAGUACAUGAUGCGUGGCUCUACAUCUUAUCCUAAUUUGUUUAUGGCUGGAGACUGGAUUAUAUCACGACAUGGUUCUUGGUCACAGGAGAAAUCUUAUGUCACGGGACUUGAAGCUGCAAAUCGAGUGGUGGAUUAUCUUGAAGUAGGGAACUUUGCCAGAAUAAUUCCUGUCGAGGAAGAUGAGCCUCACAUUGAAGCACUUCGCAACUUAAAUAGAAGACUUAACGAGAUUAUCAGCCAAGUUCCAUUGUCUGGUUAUUUUCUUCACUAAGUCUAAUAUAAUUAAUGUAAACAAACUCACACAUCCACACAGAAGAAU